GCCUGGCUAAUGCGCGAGUUUGUCAUUGGCCAGAAUCUGGGACAUUGGCGAAGGUGGCUAAAAGCCCUGGCGAAGUUUCCCUUCGCGAUCCUGGCCAGCGCCCUCCUGUCCCAGACGACAAAGUACAUGCAGGCCCGUGUCGGGAUACUUUGGCGGCGGACGGCGACACGCCGGCUUCUGCGGAGCUACUUUUCCGACAUGAACUACUACAAGCUGUCGCAGCACGGAUCCGCUCGCAUCGAGGAUCCCGACAUCCGCAUCUGCUCCGACGUGAGGUCGGGCUGCGAAGCGCUGACGGGCGUGCUCAUAAGUGGGCUCUCGGGUGUCACCAUGUCGCUCUUUUCCAGCUGGGCCCUGUACCGCCGGCGUGGUCUCUUUGCAGUGUCCUUGCCGUACCUCUACAGCUUCUUCAUCGUGCCCUUGAGCUACAGGCGGCGUGGCUCGACGACGCCCUCUUGA